GUUUCUCAGUCGUUUGAUGGUUGCUCGCAAGCACGCAAGCACUUCAACUGCACCUCUGCAUACACACACACUCUCUCUCCUUCUCUCGCUCUCUCUCUCUCUCACAGACCUUCAAGGCCUUGUCUGUUUCAUCAAAUCAUCCCAUCACUCACGGCAGAAGAACAACGAGGAAGCUGCUGAGCCACGACAACGGAACAGGGCGACGCCAAGCACACCAGAACAAGAAGAUCAAACCACAAGCACAGCCGCACAGCCGCAGCAGAACUGCAAGACUGUAGCAGGACAACACUCAAAGCUCAAAGGCUCACUUCAACACAACCUCGAUCGAGCAGGAACCUGGACAACAGGACAACCUAGCCCAGCCUUCCUACCUUCCUUCCUUCCUUCCUUCAGCGUCACAACAGCCUGCAGCACAAGAGCACACCGCCACACACAAUACCGCUGAACCAUGUCCGGGAACACCGACAACGGGGAACCUGGUGGUGACAAGAGGGCCGGAAGCCACAACAACAACGGCUCGUCUCCAUCAACCCAGCAGGGAACAACAACAGCAACGACGACAAUGCCAGGCAUUGCACACUUUCUUCGCGCUGACGCCGACUCUGAAGAGGAGCAGCCUCAGCAGCAAGAACUGCAGCCGAUGCACUCUGUCAUUGAAUUGGUCGAACAAGGACACCCCCACUCAACAGCCACCACCGCGACCGGAACCACGGCCGCAGCUAGCGCUGAUGUCACAGCAAGCACAUCACCUGGAGCCCAAGGGACCACACGGAAUUCGUUUGCAGAGGAGGCACCGUUUGUGUUUGAUGGGCAGCCCCGCCACAUUAGCGGCGAUGUGGAGUUCGCGCAACAGUUUGCACCGAAUCCUGCUUCGGCAAACCUUCCCACUGCCACGCCACCUGCUCGGGGUCCUGCGACGAUGCCAGAUGUGUCUGCGCCCAGCGCAACAGCAUCCACCCAACCAAUGUGGAAUGUUGGCCACUUUGGAGAGACGGACACAGACGCACUCGUGGAGUCAGCAGACAAUGAGCACGCGGACGCCACCAUCGCCACUCCGCGUGCCGUUGGAUUGCACGCAUUUCGGCCGUCCGCUGCUGUUGGUCCAACGUACAGCAGGAACCGCCUUGUGCUGGCGGCUAUCGGUGCCAUCUGCAUCUUGGCACUUGUGAUUGGUAUCCCUGUGGGUAUCACCUCGUCCUCGUCAUCCUCGUCUGGCCCUGGCCACCCUCUGGACUGCUCAGACCCCUUUACACGUCAACAGUUCCGUGACAUGUCCUACACCAAGGCAUCCAACGUUAUUGAGUGCUGCUGUCCCGAAUUCUACAGCCUGCACAAGGUCACGGAUGUCGUAUCCUUGAGCAGCGCGCAGACCCAGGUGCACUUUGGCUCAAUACGCUCCAUUGGCGGCGAUGUGCGUGGCUCGGGUGGUAUGAUUGAGCUCAUCGACUUUGGCAAGGCUAAAUCCAUUGAUGGCGCUCUGGACCUCAACUACAACCGCCUCUCCAUAGUCAACUUCCAGAACGUCAAGAAAAUCGGCGCCAUCUACUUGGGCAACAACAUCAUCACAUCCCUGGAUUUUGGCGCUGUCAAGCACGUGCAGGACAGCAUUGACUUGCGCAACAACCAACUCAGGCAGAUCAGCUUUGGCAAGAUUCGCGAAGUUGGCGGCCGUGUGAGUGUCAGCAACAACCUGCUGACGUCUCUCAGCUUUGGUGAUCGCCUCCAGGUCAUUGGCGGUGAUCUCGACGCGAUGAGCAACCGGCUGACUGCCGUUGACUUGGGUGCCGUCACCCAGAUUGGCGGCCACCUGCGCCUGUCCGACAACCCCCACCUUGCCGCCUUGGAUCUGGGCAACGUCAAGACCAUCAGCGGCUCCCUGACUGUGCAUGCUCGCCUCACACAGCUUGACCUGGCGCAACUAGCAAACAUUUCGCAGAUCGACGUGAGCGGCAACAUGUUGACAACCAUCUCCUUUGGUGCUGUCACAGCCAUCAGCGGCGGCGUUGACCUGAGCAACAACCAGCUGGGGACGGUGGACCUUCGCAACGUCCGCACUGUUGCUGGGCGUGUUGACCUGAGUCACAACCAACUGUCCGUGAUGAACUUCAAUAAUGCGCUCACUAUUGCUGGGCGUGUUGACCUGAGUCACAACAAGCUAACAUCGUGCGACUUUGGAAACGUUCAAUCCAUUGGCGGCGAGAUUGAUUUGCGAGACAAUGCCUUCCGAACCCUUGAGAGCCUUCACUUUGGAAACAUGACAACCAUCAAAGGGCUGGUGCUCAGCGCGAACAGGCUGACGUCUGUGAACAUUGAAGGCCCAACGACCAUGUUUGGCACGUUGACACUCAGCUACAACCAGCUGUCGACUCUUGACGUUCGUGGAACCCUCAGAACCGUGCAGGGUGAUGUGGUUCUUGACCACAGUGGCCUUGACAGCCUCAAAUUCUCCUCAAUCAUUCGCAUUGGCGGAGUAUUGGACUUAACUGGCAACAACCGGCUGACCACACUGGACUUUGGAAGCGUUUCAUCCAUUGGUGGCCACAUUGCCCUGGGCACCACCCCGCACUUGGCAGUCGUAAACCUGGGAGGCCUAACACUGCUGGCGUCGUCGCUGACAGUGCAUGGCAGGCUGACGCACUUUGACAUUGGCGACGUGACCUCCGUUGCUGGGCAGAUUGACCUGCGUGGCAAUCAGCUGACCUCCCUUGAUUUGAGUGGCCUGAAGGUGGUGGCCACUUCCCUGGCCCUGCAGAACAACCGAUUGACGUUCCUGAAUUUGGGCAGCAUCGAGCACAUUCGUAGCGUCAAUGUUCGGGGCAAUCCCCUGUCUGUCAUCCACUUUGAUGCGGGCAGGACAUUGAGGUCAGAUCUCACGCUCAGCUACGGUUACAACCAGCCGUCAUGUGGGAUACGAGGUCUGGCCACUGUUUCCGGCAGUCUGGACCUGCACGACAACGGUCUCACGCGAUUUGACUUUGGUGACCUGCACACUGUCAAGGGUGACAUGGAUCUGUCGUUCAACGAUUUCACGGAAAUUACGCUUGCCAACGUCACGUCUGUGGGCGGCGGCCUCAACCUUAGGUACAACCGCGAGCUGACCAGCAUUGACCUCGGGAGCCUCCAGGAGCUGGGCGGUGCCAUUAAUUUUGAUGGCUUAUCGAAGUUGAAAGAGUUGCGCAUGGGCAGGUUAACGACGCUCUCGCAGGACCUGAGUUUUGUUAACGCCCAGCUCACGCACGUGGACUUUGGUGAGCUGACGAGGGUGGAAGGCAACAUUGAACUGUAUUACAACGACCUGACGGCGUUUGACAUCCAACGCGUGACACAUGUGGGCGGAACCCUGAACCUCCAAGCAAAUCAGAUCACCCAUAUUCUUCUGCGCAAUUUGCAGCACUUGCGCGGGGAACUGAGAUGCGGUACCACGGAACACCUGCCAGUCACGAUCCAGUUCAACAGCGGCGCUGCCAUGGACUCGUCCCUUAACGUGACAGCUUAUCAGUCGAGGCUGGCCUUCGCCGGCCUCACGCAGCUUGGCGGCAGCCUGUCCCUGAAGUACCAGAGCCUGUACAAUGUUGACUUUGGCCCACUGCAGAGCAUCGGUGGAGAUCUUGACUUGAGGGGCAACAGGUUUUCCACCAUUGACCUCCAGCUCAUUUCUUCCAUCAAAGGCAGGCUGCAGCUUGGGAAAAGGCCUUCUGAGAACCAAAACCUUGUUGCAAUUGAUCUGGGGCAGCUCACCUCGCUCAACCAUGCCAUCGCAUGGCCCAACUUCAACUUGAAGCGGGUUGAUUUUGGCAGGCUGACCUCUGUCUCUGGUAUGAUCGACCUUCGUAGCUGCCAGCUGACAAUGCUGGAUCUACAAUCCCUCACCUCAGUGCCGUCAGAUGUGCUUCUGGGGUACAACUCCAUGACCACGUUUGAUUUUGGAAGCGUGACACGCGUCGAGGGCAAUGUCGACCUGAGCAACAACCGCUUGACAACAAUCGAGCGUGGGCGGCUGCAGGUGAUCACAGGCAACCUCGACGUGAGGUCCAAUCCACUGACCUCCUUCGACAGCGAUGUGUGGAACCGCAUUGUUCAAGGGCAGGUGCUCAUGUGA